AUGAGCCUUUUUAUGUUGCACCUAUGCUUGAUCUGUGAACGGAUAUACCUGAGUUGCAUACUUGGGCACACCUAGAUGUGCUUUAGCAAAACUGGUUCCUAUGUUAGUUGUUGGGCCUAGUAGUUGUUUGGAGGAUCCGUUCUUGUGCACCGGUUCUGCUCUUAAGAGUCAAUUGUGUUUGCUUACAGUAGUACUGUUGAUUUAACUGAUAUUGUAUCUUGUUGUGUCAAAACUUGAAGGUAUCUGUACUUGUGCAUCAGUUCUUGUCUGAAAAUCAUAUAUAUUAACUGAUCUUUUUAGCUUGUGGUCAAACUUGAACAUCAAUCUGCUAUCUAAUAGUUCAAGACAUAGUUACAAUUUCGUCUCUCUUGGAUCAUGGCCUUCUGGUUCAUAUAUGCUUUAUGUUCUGCAGUUUCAUGAUUACGAGUGCCUUAUUAUGGUUUUGGUACACUUUAUGUUUGCAGAUGCAGAUCUUUGUGAAGACCCUCACCGGCAAGACCAUCACCCUUGAGGUCGAGUCCUCUGACACGAUCGACAACGUCAAGGCGAAGAUCCAGGACAAGGAGGGCAUCCCUCCGGACCAGCAGCGCCUCAUCUUCGCUGGCAAGCAGCUUGAGGACGGUCGCACCCUUGCUGACUACAACAUCCAGAAGGAGUCCACCCUCCACCUGGUGCUCCGCUUGCGUGGUGGCAUGCAGAUCUUCGUCAAGACCCUCACCGGCAAGACCAUCACGCUCGAGGUCGAGUCUUCAGACACCAUCGACAACGUCAAGGCGAAGAUCCAGGACAAGGAGGGCAUCCCUCCGGACCAGCAGCGCCUCAUCUUUGCUGGCAAGCAGCUUGAGGACGGCCGCACCCUCGCUGACUACAACAUCCAGAAGGAGUCCACCCUCCACCUGGUGCUCCGCCUCAGGGGUGGCAUGCAGAUCUUCGUCAAGACCCUCACCGGCAAGACCAUCACCUUGGAGGUCGAGUCUUCAGACACCAUCGACAACGUCAAGGCGAAGAUCCAGGACAAGGAGGGCAUCCCCCCGGACCAGCAGCGCCUCAUCUUCGCCGGCAAGCAGCUUGAGGACGGCCGCACCCUUGCUGACUACAACAUCCAGAAGGAGUCCACCCUCCACCUGGUGCUCCGCCUCAGGGGUGGCAUGCAGAUAUUUGUUAAGACCCUCACCGGCAAGACCAUCACGCUUGAGGUCGAGUCAUCCGACACCAUUGACAACGUGAAGGCGAAGAUCCAGGACAAGGAGGGCAUCCCACCAGACCAGCAGCGCCUCAUCUUUGCUGGUAAGCAGCUUGAGGACGGCCGCACCCUCGCUGACUACAACAUCCAGAAGGAGUCCACCCUCCACCUGGUGCUCCGCCUCAGGGGUGGUAUGCAGAUCUUUGUCAAGACCCUCACCGGCAAGACCAUCACCUUGGAGGUCGAGUCUUCGGACACCAUUGACAACGUCAAGGCGAAGAUCCAGGACAAGGAGGGCAUCCCCCCGGACCAGCAGCGCCUCAUCUUUGCCGGCAAGCAGCUUGAGGACGGCCGCACCCUCGCUGACUACAACAUCCAGAAGGAGUCCACCCUCCACCUGGUGCUCCGCCUGCGUGGUGGCAUGCAGAUCUUCGUCAAGACCCUCACCGGCAAGACCAUCACGCUCGAGGUCGAGUCUUCAGACACCAUUGACAAUGUGAAGGCGAAGAUCCAGGACAAGGAGGGUAUCCCACCGGACCAGCAGCGUCUGAUCUUUGCUGGUAAGCAGCUUGAGGAUGGCCGCACUCUGGCGGACUACAACAUCCAGAAGGAGUCCACCCUCCACCUGGUGCUCCGUCUCAGGGGUGGUAUGCAGAUCUUCGUGAAGACCCUCACCGGCAAGACAAUCACGCUCGAGGUCGAGUCUUCAGACACCAUCGACAAUGUGAAGGCGAAGAUCCAGGACAAGGAGGGUAUCCCACCAGACCAGCAGCGCCUCAUCUUUGCUGGUAAGCAGCUUGAGGAUGGCCGCACUCUGGCGGACUACAACAUCCAGAAGGAGUCCACCCUUCACUUGGUGCUCCGCCUCCGUGGUGGCCAGUAAGUGCCUGGCCAUGGAGCUGCUUAUGUCUCUGGGCUCACGAGUCGGUUGUCUUUCUGUGUACUCCGUUGUGAUUGUCAGCGUGUCCUCGUCUGGUCUUGUUCUUUGUUGCUACCGUGCUGUGGUCUAGCGUUAUAUCUGGCUGUGUCUGAACUUUAUGCUGUGCUGCAGCAGAUUUGGAUGAACUUGAAUGAAUAAAUGAGCCCUGAACGUGUGCCUGUUUU